AUGGCAUACAUGAGUUUUACUUCCGAGUUUGAAACAUCGGUCUUCGAAGUUGAUUUGGGGGCAAUUCCCAAUCGUUCCAUUGUCACUUGGGCCACUGCGUAGCUCGGCUGGAUUGCUGGUCUCGCUGUCAUGCUCCCGUUCGCCUUGGUCACUUACUACACCUCCACCCUCCUUGCCGCCUGUUACCGCUCCAGUGACCCCAUCAACGGCAGGCGCAACUACACCUACAUGGAUGCUGUCAGCGCCAAUCUCGGUGGGUUCAAAGUCAAGCUCUGUGGACUGGUUCAAUACGUGAACCUCUUUGGGGUUGCCAUCGGUUACACCAUUGCAUCUUCCAUUAGCAUGAUGGCUAUCAGUAGGUCCAAUUGCUUCCACAAGAACGGUGAGAAGAGCCCGUGCCAUGUCAACAGCACUCCUUACAUGAUUGCAUUCGGCAUCCUUGAGAUCAUCUUCUCUCAAAUCCCCGAUUUCGAUCAGCUGUGGUGGCUGUCCAUCGUUGCCGCUGUCAUGUCCUUCACCUACUCCACCAUUGGACUCGGCCUUGGUAUUGCCAGAGUUGCAGAGACGGGGAAUUUCAUGGGAAGUCUCACUGGAAUUAGCAUCGGCACCGUGACCUCCACACAGAAACUAUGGAGGAGCUUCCAGGCUCUUGGUGACAUUGCCUUUGCCUAUUCAUACUCCCUUAUCCUCAUCGAAAUUCAGGACACCAUCCGGUCCCCGCCAUCCGAAUCAAAGACGAUGAAGAAGGCGAGUCUAGUCAGCAUAGCAGUCACGACCCUUUUUUACAUGCUCUGCGGAUGCAUGGGCUAUGCUGCCUUCGGUGACAUGGCGCCUGGAAACCUCCUCACUGGGUUCGGCUUCUACAACCCAUACUGGAUGGUCGACAUUGCCAACGCUGCAAUCGUGAUCCACCUCAUCGGUACGUACCAAGUCUAUUGCCAACCCCUAUUCGCCUUCGUCGAGAAGGCCGCGAUCAAGAAAUUCCCCAACAGCCAGUUCAUCACGAGGGAUAUCGAAAUCCCAACCCUUGGUCUCCGUACUUACAAGCUCAACCUCUUCCGGUUGGUCUGGAGGACCGUCUUUGUGAUCAUGACCACCGUGAUCUCCAUGCUCCUUCCAUUCUUCAAUGACAUUGUUGGGCUGCUCGGAGCGCUGGGUUUUUGGCCCCUCACGGUCUAUUUCCCGGUCGAGAUGUACAUUAAGCAGAAGCAAAUACCCAAGUGGAGCACCAAGUGGGUGUGCCUUCAGAUUCUGAGCAUGGCUUGCCUAAUCAUCACCAUUGCUGCUGCUGCUGGUUCUGUCGCCGGUGUUGUUCUCGACCUCAAGUCCUAUAAGCCCUUCAACUAGUUAAAGAUUAUUUGGGCGCUCAUGUUCAUAACAAGGUUAAUCAUGGUGGUGGAAUUUGCUUUGUGAGAAAUUCUAGGCUUAGGUUUCAUUUUCACUGUGUAAUGUGUUUAGGGAACGGGAAGGGUCAUGCUAGCCUCUGCAUAUCGUGGUCCUCAUGAUAAGAAUGUACCUCUUCUAUUAUUUGUCAAUGGAAAUGGAAAGCUUCAAGAAAAAGGAAGUUCAAGGUCUUCUCUUUGCUCAUGUAGUUUGAUUUUGGGGGCUAUACACAAGUAAGUUUGCAAAAUAAAAAUCCUUCUUAUUGUCUUUA